GAUUAGCACAGGAGAAAUAUUUUAGCCUGGUUUAGUUCGCUUCAGUUUCAGUGGAGUCAACAACAGCAGCUGAUCGCUGUUUAACACAAGGGCAAGAGAGAUCCAGGUCCCUUUUACUAGGACUACAGUAAAAAAAAGUUGUAGUAUGGAUAAGAAAUUGGACCUAUCCAGACUCACAGAUGAGGAGGCCAGGCACGUGUGGGAUGUGAUCCAGAGAGACUUCGAACUUAGGAAGAAAGAGGAGGCGAGACUCGGGGAGUUAAAGACUAAGAUUGAGAAGGAGGACACAAAGAGAGAGCUCUUGAGCUCUCAGUCCAACCUCACUGCUUCCCACUGCAUCCGCUGCCUGCAGCCCUUCAAGUUCCUGGUGAACAGCAAGCGCCAGUGUCUGGACUGCCAUCUCUACAUCUGCAAGACUUGCAGCCGCUAUAGUACAAAGGAGCAUGGCUGGGUGUGUGAUCCAUGCCGAAUGUCCAGGGUCCUGAAAAUUGGAACCCUGGGCUGGUAUCAUGACAACAUACGCUCUCGCUUCAAGCGCUUCGGCAGCGCCAAAGUGAUGAGGUCGCUCUACAAGAGAUUAAAUGAAGAGGGUCGCCGUGACGAUGAUGUGCAAUCCAUGCCUGACGUCCACAAUGUGUACAAUGGCCAUGAUGAUGAGCAUAUGGAUGCAAUGGAAUCUCAGCACUAUAAACAGAUGCGAAAAACGAAACGUCUACUCUCUGUCCAUCCUAUGGACCUGGAAAUAGAUGAGUAUGGCAGCCAUUCCCGGAGACAUUCUGUGCAGUAUAUACAAGAUGAGCGUGGAAUGCUGCGGAAUGAUUUGGAAUACAGUGCUGACAUGUACCAUCACCAUCAUCACCGCAUGAAUCGGAGGAAGAGUCUGGAUCGUUUCUCUCGGCCAGAUGAUGGCAUGCACUCUGAGCACAGGAUGGUACGUGCUCGCUCUCUAUCCAAGAUCUCUGCCGUACCACAACGCUCCUACUAUCUGGACACCUCAGAGGAGGAGGAUGCUUAUCGUUUCCCCGUCUAUCAACUCCCGUCACGCCGUCGCAGCCGGGCCUCCUCCCAAGAAAACAUCAUUCACAGCACUCCUCCAAUUAAUGAACUGAGCAAGAGAAUGUAUGCCAUUGAGAGUCUCUUGAGUCGACUGGAGGAGAAGAUGACUGCGCCUUAUGAUCAGGUUGAAAUAAAGCAGGCACAAGACUCAGCAAGCCAGCUGGAGGAAGAGAAGCUGAAAAAGAAGCUGGAUGAGCUGAUGAGUGACAGAGCACUGUCUUCAGAUGAGGAUGAGCCCAAGAAACCCACUCAAUCCAAGGGGUCUUAUGUGAAAGGGUCCCAGCGCACUGAACAAGCAUCAUCAGUACAGGAAGCAGCCUUGAGCUCCUCUAGUGAUGAGAUGCCUACUGAGACUCAGAAGAGAUCCACCGCAGCAGCUCUAUGCGACAUCACAACCGAGGUUUUAAGAACCAUUAAUGCCACAGAAAAUGCUAUGAGCGAGUUGGCCCCCUCAAACCCUAAUGACAGACCUCAGUUAGCGGGCACAGACGUAAAGCAAGCUGAUGCUGCUUACAGGGAGCUUGAGGAAAAUGUAUAUCUGACAUCAGGGAAGUCAUUUGACAUGGAAAAGAAGUUGAGACAGAUCGAACAGAUUGCUAAGAACCAUUAUAUCAGCCCUCUCACUGACUCCGAACUCUCUGAGCUAGAAGACCAGCUUGCAGCAGCUGCUGCUAAAGUGCAGAACACAGAGAGUGAGGUGUCAGACAUUGAGAAUAAAAUCGCAGUUCUUAGUGCAUCAGGACUAUCAAUAGAUAAAGCCAAGAAAAAGGCAUCAAGCAUACAAAAAAGGAGGAAGUCCCAAGACAUCCCCAUAAAUAGAGUACAUUUUUGAACAUGAAGGGAGCAGUAUUUUCUACAGCGUUUCUUCACACCACUGCUUUAACAACAUUGCUUUACGUUGUACUGUUGUUCUUCUUUUCCUUAUGCCCAGAGGAAGUAUUGUAAUCUAGCGCAAUGACCCUUUUCCUGUCUUUUCCACAUAUUUCCUAUAAUGUAUGAAAAAUAUAUGAGACGUGCUUCUAAAAAUCUUUCUUCUAGCUAUUACUUAACUUCAAGGCAGAAAGUCAUCAAUUAUCAUGAAUGUUUUCUUUCUUUGGAAUAAAAAUGUGUAAACAGAUUCCCAUUAAAAACGGUCCUUAAUUGAUUACUGCCUAAAGCUGAACUCUGGCCCAUAUGCCACACUGUGGGAAUAUCAGUAACAUACAGUGUAUUGCUUGCUCUAACAUGUUCAACAUUAUGAUUAAAUUAACACGCUUAGGGAUAUAAAUUAAAGACCUCUCUGUGGGCUGAUGCUCCAGAGCACAUGUUCCUUGUGUAAGGGCUACAGAAAUAACAUCAUGUGCCUUAACCCAACCCAGUUUACACCCUCUGUACUGA